CUGCUCCUGGGCAGAGAACUCUCGCAUCUCUCUCACACGAUCAUCAACAACGACGACGGACUAUGGCCGGAAUUCGCGCCCACCAGGAUGGACGCGCACCGAGCCGGCUCCUGGCGGGCCUCAGCAUCGUCGCCUGCUCCCUGACGGCGGGGAGCAUCUACUGCUUUCCGCUCUUUGGGCCAAGCCUGACACGCGACCUCGGCCUCUCGCUGCUCCAGACCAACUCCAUCUGGGGCGGCGCCGUUUUUGGCCAGUACUUUUCUGCAAGUCUGAUGGGCCACCUCGGCGACACAUAUGGCCCGCGACCGCUCGCUCUCAUCGCAUCAGUCCUCUUUGGCACAGGCUACCUCCUCAUGGCGCAUACAGAGUGGGCCGCCGUCGAUUCACAGGGGCGGUUGUCGCCACAAGCCAAUGACCAGAGAGCGGCCGGCACCGCUGUCGUCGCCUUGACUGCCUACUUUGUCCUGGUCGGUGCAGGUGUGGCCGCAAGCGUGUUCGGCGCCCUCCGAUCGUCGACGAGCCACUUUGGCGGCAAGCACCCUGGCCUGGCGCUGUCGGUGCCCCUCACCCUCUUUAGCCUCUCCUCGCUCUUUCUCUCCUCGCUCGCCUCGCUGUCGACCUUUACCGACUCGAAGACAGGCGACCUUAAUGGACCAAAGUGGCUCACUUUUCUGGGUGUUGGCCUCAUGCUCGUCAACGCCCUUGCCGCCUUUGGCCUCUCUGCACCGCCGCCGUUGCCGACACCGACGCCAGCGCGGCCAGAUGGCUCCGCCGAGAGUCAAGCCAGCGAAGCUUCGCCUUUGCUGCCUCCUGCUUCGCAUUCUUUAGAUGCCGACUCGUCAAGACUAGCAUACACAACGCCAUUUGCCACGACUGACGUGCUGCCACAGUCCGCCUCGACUGGCAAGCUGUCCAUCGGCAAAUUCGCCCAAGUCCCCGCCGUGUGGGCCCUCGCCCUCAUUCUUUUUGCUUCGGUCGGGGGUGCAGAGAUGGUCAUGAGUAGCGUGGGUAGCAUCGUCGUCAGCCUGCGCUAUGGCCACCUCGAUGCCCUGGCCAAGGCUGGUGGCGACGACGAGCAUCUGGGCAAAGAGACACUUGCUCUCCGCGCCAGCCAGGUCCAGCUGAUCGCCAUUGCCAACACCGUCGCGCGUCUCUUUGCCGGUCUGGCCUCGGACGUGUGUUCCCCCACUCGACCGAGACCGAGCCGCGGCGAUGCGCCGUGGCUCUCGCGCGUGCGCGUCAGCCGCAUGACAAUGCUCCUCGGCGGGCUCAUCUUGCUCCUCGGAGGCUUCCUCUACGCCGCCUUUCUGCUCGACUCCGUCGAGCGCCUGUGGGUCGUGAGCUUGGCCACUGGCCUCGGCUACGGCUUGACAUUCACCCUUGUUCCCUCGACCGUGCUCGUGCUCUGGCCAGCCCAGUUUGGACGCAACUACGGUCUGCUUACCUAUGCUGCUGCGACAGGCAGCCUGACCUUCUCGAUGCUCUUUGCCGCCGUCAAUGACGCCGCUAGCAGGCCUUCGUCCUUCUCGCCGGCCCUCUUCGCCACCUCGUCUUCGUCAAUAAGAACAACGCCCUCGGAGGCAGCUUCCGGGGCCAUCUGCAAGUAUGGUAGAGACUGUUUUGAAUCGAGCUUCUUGGCCGCCUCAGCCGCGCUCGUCGCCGCUCUCGCGGUCACAGUGCCCCUGUGGCGAGCCUGGCGACACUCGCUCUAAAUAUGACGCCACUGGCCCGGCACCCAUCUACAAGAUGCUUUUUGAUCUUCACAUACAAGCGCUGUAUAGAUAGCUAGAGACACACUCAUACACUUUCAUCUAGAAAACGAUCACAGUAUUCCAC